GCGUGGGCUCACCUUGUUGGCUGUGCUCCAAAGAUGGGGUAGCAGCAGUAGUGACACUAGCAGCACAUUGGAUGUUCCAAUAUUAUUCCAGUACUCCUGCAGCGACACCUCCUACAUCAAUAUCCAUCUCAUUUGAUGCAUCUCCUCGACUUGGACUACCUACAUGUAUAUUGGCUGACGGCGAUAUCACCGACCACCAACGCACGGGAGACGGUUUGGGCUCCGGCGACGUGAGUCUUACUCGGACUUGCAGCUCGUAUCAGCAACACCAUCGUCCAUCAAGUGUAUGUAAUUACCGGUACCUACGCUCCGUUGUGUGCGUGGUGUUGCAUCGAUGCGACUCCAGCAAUAACUCAACUCGCAGCGCGUGCCCCUUUUGGGUGUGCAGCAAAUGUAUGCGACUGGCCAGCCGUGAUUCGAUGCCGCCGCGGGACCCAGUCUAUUCAAUGAUUGAUUCUGGCCACUCAAUAGCCAAAUUCACAGUCUUUUUUGCUCCGAGGCGUGGAUUGCGGUUGGUGUGGUGGAGACGAACUACUGCGCGUACCACGUUGUCAAAGCUGGCCAUGGAGCGGCCGGGACUUUCUGGAAUGGCAUUUGGAAGCUGACACUUGGACUCUUCUGAUGUUCCUUUUUUGCUU